CUUGAGAAACUUCCAGACAAAACAUAACAUGUCCAGCGAAGAACAACGAUCGCUGCUCGGAAGUUCUUCAAGCUCGGAUCAGCAGAAUUCACGGGUAAAUAGUGAUCACAGUACUGAACACGCAUUUAGGGUGUGCUGAGUAUAACUGAAAUACGUCUUUUCUGUUUAUUGCACCUCUCUGCUUCUAAUUAGGCGUCGUCCUUUUCAAGCAAAUGGGGAUUAGUUUUGUCUUGUAUCGGAUGUGUCGUUGGUACAGGAAACAUUUGGAGAUUUCCGAGAAUAGUGGCAAAUAACAGCGGCGAGAAAGGUAUCAAAGAAGUGUAUAUUUGAAAGUAUCUCUUUAAUGCUUAAAUUUCGUUUUAUCAUUGAUACGUGUGGGAUCCUGAUGUCGACUACCUCUAACAUUUUAUAAAUUUCCACGAUCCACGUGAUUCCCUUUGACCUGUCACUGUUUGGUGACCUUCACGUAAAGCAAAUAGCGUUUCAUACAUACCGCUUUUUUUAUAAAGAAAAAUAGGCUAUUAAAGAAAAAAUAGUAAAAGGAAAUCAAUGCAGUGCAUUCCUUUGUUUGUCCACGGAGUGUGCUCGCAAGCGUAAUGAGGUAACUGUCGGGGUUAGGGGGGAGGGGGUAUUUCAUUUAGCGAUGAUGGGGAGGGUGAGGGGGUAAAUUGCUAUGAAGAGAGACAUUUAGAUGCAAUGAAGCAAGAAUUUUCCUGGGGGGGUACUACCUUAUAUAAGCCAUAUAGGUGUGUGCUGCCCCAGAGGGUAUGGUUUUGGCACCUUUUUGUUCUGAAAACCGGUAUACGCUUUUUCCAUUUUUUAUCGUUUCAAUUCCAAAUAAAUACAAUGUAAGAACGAAGUAGAAAUAUGCAAAUUUGAAAUGCAUUUGAAGAAUUGUUUUGUUUGCGCUCUAAUCUAAGAAAUGUCUUGACAUAAUUUUUAGAGGUCUGGUCUGAAAAUGCGUGUGGAAAAUGAGAUUUUUUGGUCUAAAAUAGGAUCAGGAUUUAGAGAACGAGGUGGUACAACCCCUUCAAGAAUUACCAGAGUACCAUUCCUGGGGCAUUUUCAGUAAAAUGGGCUUCAAAUAACUGAGUCAGUUUUAAGUGGGCCUUCUAGCUAAUCAACAUCAUCCACUGCAGUUACCACUGAAGAAGGGAUCAAAGGGGCUUUUGCAUGGUACAGGAGAGUGUUGUUCAUUUUUGUAAAAGCUGAAAAUAUGAAGUUAAAAUCUGUGAAAUACUGUCGUUUAAGGUUAGAAAAGUGAACAGGGAUUUUGAAUUACCGUGAUGCCUUAUUUGUACUUUUCCAACAUCUGUGAAAAGUGUGUAGAACCCUCCCCCUUUUAAUUUACCACCCCCCCUUGUUAAAUGGUGGGUUAGGAGUAGGGAGUUGGCUAUGUACUGUAAAUUGAGCUCUUGAAUUCCAACUUUAAAUGUACAGUUUUCUGAAGUGAGUAAUACAUACAUGUAAUUUUAUUAUACAACUGUACAUCAAACCCUCCUUCACUUCUGUAGGACCACUCAUCUUCUUAAGAACAAGGGUCAUUACCAAAAAUAAGACCAUAACAACAGACUCAGCGGGCAUGUUGGUCCCUCACCAAGACAGUGAGACCAUUUGGUAAACAUCUGGGACUUUGGUGGAAUAAUUUCAAGACCCAGAUAGUUAAAAUAAGAGCUUGAAGAUCCUCCAAUAGGCAACAUAUAUAAAUGAAUCAAAAUCUGGUCCCAAUGGUUCAAAUUUUGAUCAACUGGGGCCUGUUGUUUGACUGUUUCCAUAGGUGGACUCCAGUUCCUUUUAGUAUGGAUAUUAUUCCUGGCAUUCUGGUCUAUACCAGUGAUUUUGAUAGAGUAUUCUGUUGGUCGUUACACAAGACAUGGUCCUGUGAAGUCCUUCCGUUCAUUGGUCGGACCCUGGUCAUUGUGGUGUGGGGGAUGGAUGGUUGCUGUUGUUGUUCUCAUUGGGUGAGUAUAAGUCUCCCAGAUAGUUGGUUACUUCCUUUCUAGAAGCAUAUGAAUCUUGGUAACUGCAGAUUAAGGCAAAGUAGCAAGGUUGGUAUUCCCGUGUAAGACUCCGGGGCCAUUUCUGUUCCAGAAAAACCGUCCAAUUUCAAAGUCAUAAUGAGAUCAAGAGUUUCAAAUAAAAACUACAUGUAACUGGCCAGAUCAGUCAAAUCCUAAAUGACAGUAUGCACAAAGGAGAUGGUCUUUCAGCAAAAACUCUAGAAGAAAGCCUGUUUUUCAAAAUGACUGACCUGGCCAUGGUCCAGCCAGCCAGUUCUGACUUUUGGAAGGCUGAUCCUGUUUUCUCUAAUGGAAAUAUAUGUAGUAUUUGACAAUCAUUGUCAUGAUCUUUCAAGAUUAUUUAUUCCAGACAUUAUCAAUUGAAUUGUUUUAGGUCGUACUACUCUGUUGUGGUUGGGUGGUGUUUUUAUUAUCUAUUCCGCUCCAUCUUCUAUCAUCUGCCAAACUCAAUACAAGAGAGUAGGAAUAUUUGGAAGGACUUACAGGUAACCUCUGAAAAUAAUUUUGGUUUUGGAUAUAGCAUGUUGGUAUUCAAAGCAGGCGCCGAUCAGUGAGAUGAUUAUAAUGAUAUUAUAGUGUGAAAGGUUUGAACGCAGGAGUCAUUUCAAAAGUAGGUUGAGUUUGAUAGUCUGGUUGAACGUAGUCCUGAAUAGGACUGUUGUUGUUGGCAGUGGCUGACGUUUUGACAACCUGUGCGGUAAUCAUCUUCAGAGUCAAAGUGAGUUGUGUCACGUCAGUUGAUGGUAUUAUACUCUGGUUAUUGUUCUGAUUGGUCAAUUACGUCGCGUUUUGGGUACUUUUAGAAGCUACUCACUUAAUGAUGGGAAGUCACAUGUAUUCAUUGCGUACCUAAUUUUUUCUUUAAAGGAACAUCAUCAAUACAUUCCAGUCCUUCUCCACCUGUUGACUCUGUUCAUCACCAGUAUUUCAUUAACAAGAUCAGUGUCAUCAAUUGAACGUGUGAACAGCAUCAUUGUCCCUCUUCUGUUACUUGUAUUGGUAGUGUCUUUCUAUUGGUCCUUGACUUUGGAAUAUGCAUCUCAAGGAAUCUCUUUUCUCUUUUCACCUGACUGGGGUAAGUACAGUUGUAAUGCAGUAGCUUGAUGCCAACACUGGUUUCCCUAAGAAAAGAAGUCCCAGGAACAAGCGCAGAAAUUCCAUACUGAUGACGUGUCACUACCCAGAUCAGUCUGGGUUGUGCUUCUGGUUGGUGGUGCGGUGGAAGAAAUUUGUUUCAACCAAUCAGAUGCACUUCCCAUAUCUGGGCAGUGAUACUUCAUCAGUGUAGAAUUUCUGCGCUAUUUCCUCAGAAUUCCGCUUUGAUGACGGCUAAAUUUUCGAAACCACGAUGAAAAUCUAUGGAACCAAAAAACUUGAUCAAAAAGAGCAAAUGCACAAGUGUCUUUCUGUUUUUCAAAAUAACUUGUCUAAGUUCUUGGUGACUUGUUUAGAACUUGGUACAAACUAUAAAAUAGCUUUACACGAACAGGUCAGAGUGUAUACGUACGACCAGGCGCGGUAACGACGUCACUAAAAGUGUAAUCUCUGAAACUUUUACAGGGUAAUAACUCCAGCAUCAAGACGUGUCUAUUUGUAAGUAACACUGUUGUUAUGAUUCUUCAGGUGAACUAAAAAACCUAAGAUUGUGGGUCGAAGCAGCUUCUCAAAAUGCUUGGGAUACAGGUAUGAAAGAAUACGAGCGUAUUUCGAGGACCGCACUCAAUAAAACCUUUUAUUUUUGAAUUUCUUUCUUUGAUGUUUUUCUAAUCCUGCUAGGCGCUGGAGCGGGGUUAUUCUUGACCUAUGCAACAUUUAUGACGAGAAGAAAUAGCGUGGUCAAAAUAGGAACCAUUCUCCCAACAUGUAAUAACUUAAUAAGGUAAAGAGAACAUUUUUUCUCGUCUUAACAUCGUGAGGAGCGAUUGACCACAGGGACGGAACCAAGAAUGUUUCGUGGAUUUUGAGGCACAAGCUGUUUAACUGCUGGUAUUACGCUUCCACCCUCCCCUCGGGGUACUCAAAAAUGAUUUAUGCGGGGAGGCAUAAACACCAUUUUUGACGCAAAAGGUAUCCCUUUCCUGUACCUUAUAUUGACAGUUGGUACCCCUUUCACAUACCUAGUGUAGAACAUUGCAUCCCUUUUAACUCCUGUAAACGCAAUGUUUUUAAAAUAUGGAUAACCAACUAAACCAGAACGUUUUCUCCACUUUUUUCACAGCCAUAAAAUACAUCUUUUUAUAGCCUUUUUGGGCCAUUUUACAGACCGAAACGAUAGAUUUCCCUAUCCUUUCAUAUACUUCAACUAAUGAAACCCCUAAACUUCCUUAAACCUGAAGCCUAAAGAAAGUACCCCUUUCGGGCGGAGCCGCCCCGUAUAGGCCAUCGUAGAGAGUACCCCCACCCCCUCGGGAUCCUUCCUUACCGUUGCACAUUAGUUCCCCUGGGCAUUUCACGUUAUGAUACUUGUUUCCGGUAGAAAAAAAAAAAUUUCAAACGGAACCCCACUUUUUGCGUUGAUAUUGUAAUGUUUUGGUAUGGGAAAAGGAACUGUUUAUACGGGCCAGAAGUUGCGGCGGCCCUGCCAAAAUUGGAUCUGAAUUGAACCUGAAAUUGAACCCGUUAAUCAGUGUCAAAGGUUACUGCAAAUAUUUCAAUUUAGUUGAGUUGUUAAGUUGAGCAGUAAAGGGGAAAUUAACCGUCGAAAAGGUUAAUAGAAGUUGGAGACAUUCGUCUCUCGUUUUUAAGCAACAUUGUUCACUGCCUUUCAACGGUCACUCUUUCCGCUUCAAUGAAAAUAAUAGUUAAAAGGUCUUAGGAUCGGCUGAGAGCUCCGCAUAUAUACGCCUCAUGGUAAAGCUGUUGUUAUCAUUCGAAGCCGUAGAAUUAAAGUUAUGACUAAACAUUGAUUUGUCUUUUUCAUGUUGUUGUUUUCUAGCUUAAUUUGCGCUAUAACAUUAUAUUGCACCGUCUUCUCCACGGAAAUACGAGAACGGCAAAGUCAAAGCAAAAUAGCAGCUUUACUCAGAGAGGAUGGGUACGCCAAUACUGGGCUGACUUUUCUUUGGUAAGCUGUAAGAGCCGAACAGACAGAGAAAACCAGGGGGGCACUCCAGGGAAGUCUGGGAAGAGGUGUGCCUCUAAGGCCUUCAAAACCUGACCCUGUUUAAGACAAAAACCGUUCAUUUUGCUGCCCUGUUUAAUACAAGAGACCUUAUUUUAGGACUGUAAUUCGUUUCGUUUGGCAUACAGAAAUAAGAAGUUUUUUUAACAAAAAUAAUAUAAUAAAAACUUAGAUGACAAAUGCAGACCUCUCCGCGCUAUCCUUUUAAGCUUUUGAAAGGCUUUCGGUCCAAAAAGGCAACCUGUUCAAGACACUAAAACGUACACCCUGUUUAAGACUCAAGUGACCUGUUCCAGGGAUCGAGAAACGUUGCGCGAAAACCACGUGGGCGCUUGGGAAGGACGGAGUAUUGAGCCUGUAAGCAUUGUUCUCCAUACCCCAUUCCAGCAUACCAGCUCCUAGUAUACCCUUAAGGUUGGUAAAUUGUGACAGUUUACUUCAACAGUUAUGUCAAUCAUCUGGCAUCACGCGCGGAGUCUAAAAACAUGUCGAUCAUGUAAAACCCUCCUACACCGCCCCUUUUUGAUGUUUUGACAUUUGACAUUUUGACACGAGAAACAGUUUCUCGUUGGCGGAGUAGUGGGCAGAUUGAGGUACAUGUAUUUGAGAAAAUGCUUACAGACUCUCCUCUUCUCUCUUCCCGCAAUUUUUCGCCCGUUCGCUUUUUCACUGCUCGCUCGCUUUUUUGCUCGUCCACACUGACCGAGAGCCUGGCAAAGGCACUCAACACCUGGGUACAGGCGCUCAAGACCCUGAAAACGGUAACCACACCCUAUUCAGCCGCACGUACCCGUUUAAAUAAAGGAGCGUCACCCACGGUUAGCAAACGUAUUGUUUUGUUGGCAGUUUCCGUAUUGGCUCUGUAAUGGUUUCAUGCAUUCUUUCCACUAGGAUGCCGGUUCUGUACAAAGAGCUGGGAGUUCCAGGUCGUGUCUUGUCAUGUCUAUUCUUCCUUUGUUUGGCCUUGGCUGGUGUUAGCUCACUCAUAGCUGUGCUAGAGUUACCAGUGCUCACUCUUGAAGAAAUGCGAAGUAGGUAUUAGCGACUUUUUGGCGACUGCUCGUGUAGCCUGUUCCAGGCUUCGAGAUAGUUAUGUACAGAGAUCGAGUAAACUGUUGAGAAAACGUGCUUCAUUUCCCGUCGCCGCAUAGAUCACGCGCGUCCUAUUUUCCCCUGGCAUUGUUUCCGUGACGUCCCCUCUAUCCAAGAGCCUGGCACAAGCUACUGCUCGCGAGGAGUAAAUCUUAGAUCCCCAUAAGAAACGUCUUGUUUAAGGUGGAAGUACAAUUUUAGCUAGUAUAACCAGUUUACAAGGACCCUACUACAAACGUUUUUAAACAGGUAAUUUAACCCCAACUGGCAGGAUACAACAAGGUUGUCAUUUACUAACGUGACCAAGGAUUUGAACUCGGUGCGACCGAGAAACAAAUCCAGGUGGUGGUCGGAGCGAAACUCGAACCUAGGACCGCCGUAUUCCGAGCCUGACGCGCUGACCAUUCGGCUUCGUUGCCUCCUAAUGUAACAAGAUCAAGGGAGUAUAAUCUUCUUUUGAAUAGACACAAGAAAUUUACAAGGGACUGACAUGCAUUAAGAUCGCAAUAACAUGAACCGAAAGUAGAAUCAGCUGAAAAUUCAUCUUGAAGCUAAAUGUUUGUCAAAUUUCUUUAGAAACUUUUAGGCCCUAAAUGAACCCAUUAUGUGACUGAGCCGGCCCAAGGCCCGGCUGCAUAAAAGUCAUACGUAACAGCUACUGUCUGGCGUUACAAAAAAGACAUUAACCAGCGAGCAGGCUCAUUCGUGCGAGUUCGGGAAAAUUUUUGCGGCGGAGCCUCCAGCAUGACCUGGCAAAGCUAAUGGCACCUCAAUCGUCUCUCCGUUUUCGCCGGCUUUUUCUGGUGGCCCCGCAGCCUCAUACCCAGGCCAGUUCGCGCUAUCCGAGUUACCAGAGGAGGCUUGGAACCGAGUGCGAUAGUCCUCGGCGAACUUUCCCGACAAGCUUGACAGGUGACGUCACAUCCGAAGUCGCUGAGGACGACUGGGAACGAGGCUGGUGGCCCCGGAGCCUAACCUCCAUUGCAGCCGGCCUAAACAUCGUCUAGGCCAUUAGUAUAGUAUAUACAGGCGGUUUAGAGUGUCUGCGCCGUAGACUAACACCGCCAAAUCCCGUGGAUGUAAGCCUGCUGGCAGGCUGUAAAGAUUUUUACCGGGCUUUAUGUCAGACAGUAGCGUCUAUGGCGUUUGUACGGCUGCCCCCUGCCCUCAAGCAAGAGAAGGCUGCUGUACCAAGUUACGUUUAGGUGUGACGUUACUGUUUAUGCAAACGGUCCCUGGGGCCAGUCACAGAACACAGUCACAGAACACAGUCACAGGCCUGGAAUUUUUUGUUUUGUUUUGUUUUUUGUUUUUUUUGAGGUUUCGAUAAACGCUAACUGUUUCUUUUAUUAUUCUACGUGCUUCAACAGUUCCUAGGAAGUUUGCUCUACCUCUGGUGUCUGUAGGAAUGUUCUGUCUCGGCAUACCCUCAGCGCUGAAUUUGGAUUUCUUAGUUAAUCAGGUCUGUAGCAACGACGUGUUUUAAGGUAAUGUUCACACCAUAUCGGAUAGCUUUUGCACCGGCAAGAAAACCAUAACGGAUAGAACUUCUGUUCACACAUAAGAACGGUGAUUUCAGCGCGAUUUGUCUAACAGAGCGCAGCUGUGCCGCGCAGAUCUCCAAAGCUGAGCGUAACAUGUCGGAUUAGGUUCUGUGCCACACUUUGGUGUAGGGCGAACCGGUAUUUGGACCAUAGCGGAAGUGAAUAAGCAGGAAAAUAGGACUGAAAUCCACUGAGACGGAAGUUAAUGUUCAGGAGUGUGGACUGGGACUGGGAGGACCCAAACCCUCUCGAUCAACUGCUCCGGUACAAUGUUCGAUGUGUGUGAACUUGUUCCAGUUCGGUGCCGUUGCUGUUCACACUUUGUCGACACGACAAAGUGUGAACGCGACCUUAUACCUCAUUCCUGGUAUAGUGUCAACAUGAACUUAUGCACGUAACAUCUUAGUAACAGUCGGACCAAAAUACGUCGUCAUCUUGGUGUGAGUGUAAAGGUGACUCACCCCAAUCUGUAUUCGCUGUGUUAUAUUAUUUUGAACAGAUUUCACCUUCAGUAGAGAAGCUUUAAUGCGGUGUAAACAAAUAGUGCGAAAAAAAUGAUCCUGGAACCUUUUGUGCAAGACGAGCGAAGCCUUUUAUUGACCAUGCAGUGACGUCAUCCGAAAUUGUUUUUUAUCAAGAAAGGAUCGGAAUUAAAAAUAUUUGUGCUAGACAAACGUGAUGUCAUAAAACAUUUUCAUUUUGCUUUGAGCACGUGUUAUCAUUUUACACUUACGACUAACUAUCUCGCAACCAUAACAACUUGAACACAGGAAAAAACGUUGGAGUUGUAGGCAAAAGUAGUUUUGAUAUUAAAAUGGAGGAUACAAAACAUUGUAAUUACAGUUUAGAAAGGGGCUUUUGCCGUAUUUGUUUCUUCCAGGACUUUGUCUGGGCGUUCGGCCAGGUAUUGGCUGGAGUAGUCACCAUAUCUUUACCGAUCCGUUAUGGUGCGUCAAAGUUUCGUAAUGAAAUAGUAAACCAGGUAUGGAUGUUUGGUAGCAAUGCCAGGAUUUGAGAAUAAUCAAUUUUUUUUAUUGCCACGCCGAUCACUAGAGGCGUCCUCUGCAGAUAAACUAGAAAGCGCGGGGUGGGCGGGGUGGGGGAGGGGACGAUGGAGAAAGAGAAAAGGAGAAAGGUUCUCUCUUUUUUCUCUUUCCCAUCAUCCGGCCUACACGCAUUCUUUAUCUUCAUGAAGAUCGCGUGUUUUACACUAUUUGCACACUCUAAGUAGCUAAUCAGCUUCCAGAAUUUGAAGUUUGAAUAUUAAUUCAGGAUAACUUUUUCAAUUAUGUUAAUGUAUUCCCAACUUAAUGUACUGCUUUUUUUAAAUUCAGUUUGGAUUAGAGGACUGGAAACUGCCAAAGAUCUGGGUGUACGUUAUAAAGUACGUGAGAUCAUUUAACCAACUUUGCUCUUUGCUAAAUAAGGUUCAUGCUACUUAAAUUUUUCCAAUCAUUGCUAUAAUAGACCCUACAGUCAAACCUCCACAAAUAGACUCAUCCUCCAAGUUCACUUCAGAGGCUAUGGUCUCAACGACAUACAGCUAUUUCGAGAAAGGUUGUCGGAAAAAAUGUGCACGCGACAAUCCCGAAAGGUAAUAUGGGAUAUGAUCAAUACACUGUUCCUGACGACUGUAGCUGUCGAACCUACUUUUGUUGCUUUCCUCUAACCGUCGAAAACACAUUUCCGUGGCCUUUCGUGCCAAUUCUUUCAAAUUUCUUUGAAGAACAGAGAACUCAAAACCACCCACAAUGCCUUUCAGGAUUGUCGCAUGCACUUUUUCCGACAACUUUUCUCGAAGUAGCUGUAAAAACAUGACACUUGUUACAACAACUGAGCGAGAUCUUGCGCGCUGAUUGGUCGGUAGCUGUGAUCUGUGAGGGUGUAGACCAACUUCGUUCCCAGGUCCUUUCUCUUCCUCCCGAAGAAAGAAGACUGUAUAAUGACAUAAAUGAAGGCAAAUUCUUCUUUUUUUAUCUUUUUCUUUUUUCGGUCUCUCGCGCGAGAUUUCUCGAGAAACGUCGCCCGGAAAUGGACGUUGGAAACUGUCAAGGUUGAAAUGGGAAGUAAGCAAGUAGGAAAGAGAAGGCAAAACGUUUACAAAGGUCUGAAAAACCGGUUGCUUCUUUGAAGGGAACUGCUAAUGAACCGCUAAUAAAAUACGAGGGGCCAUGUGUCAAUAUCCCAGAGGAAUUAGUCAUAUCCUUGCAUAUAUUAUCCUGACACACAAUUUAUUGUUUACGAAUAAUUUUUCGUUCAAGUGUUGUUAAACACAACGUUAUAACUCAAUAUGAAACAGGAUUUUCUUAGUCCUGACUUCGUAUAGACAAACUUCAUUAUUUAGAGGGAAGUAUUCAAGAUUGCCGAAAGCAUUUUUAAAGAUUCCAAACCUGAGCUUUGCUUUAAUUCCAAGUUGCGCUCUUUUAUCCAUGCAAUCACCAUCAACUCACAGCCUCAAGGACCAGUUGACUUCUUGUCGUAUUUUGCAGUGUUUGUGUCUCAUAGUAGCAAAUACCUCGUCCACAGCUUUCAUCUCUAAUUGUAUAGGUGAAACGAUCCUCUGUAUGGAAAUUGAAAUUGCCGUUCCUGGCUCGUUUUCUUCAAACAUAACAACCUUUUCCGAAUAGUUUUCUGACGUUUCAGUUUAAAAACUGCCGUAUGAACUGCCUGAUGUAAAAAAUCGUGUUCAAUGGUAAUCAGUCGACGUUGCUUUUCUUAGCGCGUAUACAGACAACUAAUUCUAAAUACUGCGACUUCGAAAAACAAAGGCUCAUUUCAAACGUCACAUUCCACGCGUGCCGAAUUUAAUGGUAAUAAGGAAAAUAUAGCGUUUAGUCUCGCUCAUUUACAUUAGAUUUGGCAUAAGGGAAACGCGACGUUUAAAACGGGUCUAACGUUAAUGAUUCUGCCCCCGUGGCACCAUGGAAUGCUCGCUGAAGGUGAACUGUAGACGCCAUAUUUUGGGAUCUCUUGUGGGAUCCUUGGCAAUGUAAAGACGAGCCCUUCAACGCUUCCACAUCGUCUAAAAUACACUUCUUUUACCCCCUUGCCCCUCCCCCCAACUUGCAUAAAAACUAACAAUUAAAUACAUAGUACCAUUUAAAGGCACUGCUGAAGAUGUUUCAUUUGCAUGGUAACACCAUGCAAAAAAAUGAACCACGUACAAAUGUAUGAACACAGUGAAAGCACCUUCGUUUUUGCUGUUGUUGUUGUUGUUGUCAUUUUAGAAUCCUAUAUUGAUUACUUGCAAUCGUCCCAAAAUGUUUAAAAAUCAGUGUUUACGCAAUGUUUGGGGGGACGAAGUGUAUUGUGGGAUGAUGUGGAAGCAGUGAAUACCCGCUAAACAGUACCAAAGAGUCAGAGAACUUAGAUUUUUGUACAAACAAAUUCUAAAUAGGAUUGCCCCGAGGCUUUCUUACAAAUAAUGACCCAGCGCGUAGCGUGAGGUCAAUAUUUCAAGAGUAAGAUAUAUUGCACCUUUUCAUCGUUUUAGAAACAGCAACUCAUUAUUGAAUUCAAUAAAGUGAAACAGUAGGUCAUUAUUUUUAAUUGUGACCUCCUAUUCUUCCCCAGAGACCCUCUCUAGGUUUCUUGAAAAUGAUAACCUGUUUGAAACAAUUCAAAGGUGCUUUAAAAACUGAGAAACGAAAUUGUGACGCCAAUAUCGUGAACAAUCCAAAAAUCAGGUCAUUCAAGUCAUUUUAGUGAUUUUCCUAUAACCACUGUUUUCAGUUUUGUCGAUCCUACAGUUGCAAUAGCACUGUUGGUGUCAUUUGUCAUUGACACUGUAAAGGAUGAGAAAACCAAGUGGUACGAGUUUGGAAGAGAAUCUCUCAUGUCAUGUCUUGUCGAGGUAAGUCGAUAAGUGGUGUUACUGUUGGGUUUGCUGUGUCUAUACUUUAGUGCUCAGUUGGACCUUUCACUGUAAAUUGUCUGAGACGUGUUUAAGAUAUAACUUGAUACCACAACACAUUGAGUUUUAUCGUUAUGGAAUUGAAAUUAUAACAAAUUUUGAAUCUGAUUGGCUGGCAAAAAUCCUUAUAUUUUUUACUUCACCCAGUGUGACAGCGAGGUGAGACUACACAUGUGGUGAGCACACGGUUUUCAAACCAAAAAAUUCGGUCAUUCCAAAGUUAGUGUCUUGACAAGUACUGCGCAUUUUGUGAUGUCUGGAAAAGAGAGCAAUGACCGGCCAUUCCUGGGGUUAUGGGGUUUUGUCCAUUUUGAGGUUGCACGCCCAACCGGAUCGGUUUUGUGUCCUAAUGAACAAUGUGACUGUUUUGAAAGCAAGGUUGCGCGAGACACUGGGUCAAAAGUUUUCCCCAAAACAGUCCCACAGUGUAAUUCCAUGAAUGGGCCUCAUAAUGAUGUCAAUUGUCCAGCUUGAGGAUGGGCGCGCCUCUUGAUCGCUGUCGGUGGGAUUCUUCUAGGGGCAUUGUCGCUGUUACGAGGUUGCGAAAGCUAAGAAACUGGGAAAAAUUUUUUCCAAAAUAGCCCCACAGUGCUAUUCCAUGAAUGAGACUCGUAGUGAUGUCUAUUGUGGAGCUUGAGGAUGCGCGCGCCACUUGAUCGGUGUCCUGUCCAAUUGCAUUGUGGGACUAUUCUAGAGGCAUUGUCGCUAUUACGAGGCUGCGCAAGCUAAGAAACUGGGAAAAUUUUCCCCAAAAUAGUUCCACAGUGCAAUUCCAUGAAUGAGACUCAUAGUGAUGCCUAUUGUCCAGCUUGAGGAUGCGCGCGCCUCUGGAUCGGUGUCGUGUCCUAUUGCAUUGUGGGAGUAUUCUAGGGGAAUUGUCGCUAUUACAAGGUUGCGCAAGAAACUGGGAACCCACAGUGCAAUUCGACGAAACACCGACCAAAAUCACACGCAACCUCAAAACAGCAUUCCUUUCUUUUCUCUUGUUUUAUAGUGGUUUGUGGUUCUAAUACUGUUAGUAUUAGCAAAUGCGUUGUGGAUGCGUUACCGUAGAACUCGAAGAAGAAUUCACAGAAUCUCCAGCAUUCGUGACACACAGCGUACGCCAACGACUAACGUCGACGACGCGAAUUGAUAAAUAUUUAGUGGAUGGAUUUAUCCAUCAUACUUAGAUAUUCAAUGAACAAUUCUUCAAUUAGUGCUUAACAUGUUCUUCCCAAAAAGUAGGUAGAAAGUGGAUUUUCUUAAUUAUUAGGUACCACGAAUUUCCCUACAGCCGUCUUGGAGAAUUUCUUGCUGGAUCGACAACCCAGUGUUUCUUAACUCUUUCUAAAAGUGAUUCACUCUAGCUUCGAAAGCUUUACGUCACAUACUCAACUUAAUUUAAUAUCGUCAUAUAUUAAGCUUGUAGCCAACUGUAAUUUUUUUGUAGAUUAGAUUAGAUAUUUGUAUUUAGAUUACGAUUCGCGAAUCGUAGGACGACUCGCCCUAAUUUACUCUAGAGGCGCCGCUGUGAAGAUGCUCUUGGAAACCUCUAAUUUCAUUUGCUCUUCCGGGCGCGAAACUCCUCAGGCUUGGCCUUAGUAUUAGUUCUGUAUUGUUACAAUGUAAAAUAGUAUGUACUCCCUUGAAAACGUAAUAUAUACCGGUAUUAGCAAAUUUGCUUUUGUGUUAUUAUUACCAGGA